AUGUCUUGCGCCGCCUCACAACGCUGCCUGGUGCAGCUUCUGCGCGAGCCUAUCCGAUCGAAAUCAGUUCCCGCAUUUCUUGUUCCAGCACUUUCUCAGCCAUUAAGAACACAAUGCUUCUCGACAACGUCCGCGGCCCGGUCUCGUAUCGGUGGUGCCCCCGUGUCAAUUCCACCAGAGGUCAAUUUGAGUCUUAUUGACCUUCCACAGACUAACGUCCGUGGAAAGGCGAAGGAUGCCCCAAAGAUGGCCGUCGAAGUGAAAGGUCCAUUAGGACAAUUGACGUUAAAGAUCCCUCCGUUCGUCAACAUCAACCAUGACCAGACCACCCGAAAAGCCAUGAUAUCUGUUCAAGAUACAGAAGUUCCUCAUCAGCGAGCUAUGUGGGGAACAACACGCGCUCACCUCCAAAACUACAUCCUUGGUGUCUCCGAAGGCCACAUUUGUAUCCUCAGUCUAGUCGGUGUCGGUUACAGGGCAACUAUCGAAUCAACUGCGACCACAGUGACUGCCGAAUUCCCUGGUCAACAAUUCGUGUCGUUGAAGGUCGGAUACUCACAUCCAAUUGAGCUGCCCAUUCCAAAGGGCGUCAAAGCUUCCACGCCUCAGCCUACUCGUAUCUUACUCGAAAGUAUUGACAAGGAAGUUGUCACUCAAUUUGCGGCUGAAAUCAGAGAGUGGAGGAAACCGGAACCAUACAAGGGCAAGGGUAUCUUCGUGAACGGGGAGACCAUCCGCCUCAAGAACAAGAAGAUCAAGUGA